AUGCGGGUACUGAUCUACACGAUGGACUCGAUCCAAACGACGGUGGCAAAGAGCAUGAAGGGUGGACCAGCCGGAGAGAUAAUCAUUCGUGAGAGCUUGACAAGGACUUUGACGGAAGCUGGCGUUGAGGUGGAGGUGGCUACGUCUGAUGGUGACUUUGAACGACGAGCCGAGGCAAUGGGUGUCUACAACGCAGUUGUUGUCGACCCUUGGACCUGGGCAGGAAAGGGUAAGGCGAAGACAGUGGAGAUCAUGCGAGACACCGGGUACCAAUUAGCAACCGGGUACUAG